AUGCGCGACGAUUCAGACGACAAAAACGUCUUUGACGCGUUCUCGCAAAUGAAAACAAAGAAGAAAAAGAAAGAAGCAGACGACGAGGAGACAAAAACGAGCAGCAAUUGGCGUCCCGCACCGCCGGAUAUAUCCUCGAGCGCGCCGAGAGAAUUUUCGCCCAUUUCCUACGCUUUACUCGGCGACUCGGUUUGGGAACUCUUCGUCAGAAGUUAUCUGUUCGCGCCGAGGAGCAAACCGUCCACGUACGACUCGAAAGUGAAAAAGUUAGCCAGAGCAGAAUCGCAAGCGUACGCGUAUAGAAAAAUUACCGAAAUACAACUCACGGAUGAAGAGUUGGACGUCUGCAAGUGGGGACGAAACGCCGACUAUUCAAACGUACCGAAACGACUUCGCGGGAAAAAGAGUCAAGGCGGCGGCCACGAUAUUUACAGACAAGCAUCUGCUUUGGAAGUCAUAUUGGGGUGGUGGAUGGUUACGGACGACGAGCGGUUGGACGAGGUUUUAGAACGCGUGAAAACGAGUGGGUGGCUAGAGGACGCUUUGACUUCGGUAGAGUACGGUUCCAAAGAAGAAGAAGAAGAUUAA